AUGCGGGUUCGACUAUCGCGCGUUGAGGCUCUUCUGCAAGACACAAGGGCAGGCGUCGGGGGGACUGGGGCUGGGGCGGUUGCCGAUGCACGCGAAGAGGAUGAAUUGACAGAAGCGCCCCUGACCCCCUCUUUGACGAUCGCUGCUAGUUCUGGAGACGAUGAUGGCGUUGGGAUCCUGCCGCCAGAAGAAGAGCCAAGCUACGAGUAUCAUGGUCCAGGUUCUUUCAUAUCGUUCUGUUCCAAGUCAUGUGUUGACUGGGUUUGUGCGAAGACCGAGGCGCCUGAGUUCGCGACAAUGGCUCGGAAGCUCACGGACGAUAUCUCGCGACAUCUGAAAAUCAACCCAGGAUCUUCUCGAAGAAGGGAACCUGAGCCCCCCGAGUUCUUGGCAUGGCAAUACGUGAAUGCCUAUUUCGACGAAUCGAGGGAUGUCGCUUUCGGGAUCCUUUCUCGGCCAGGAUUCGAGUCUCGCUUAAGAGCUCACUUCGAGAACAGCCCGACGACGCUUCUGGAGGAGGACGCUUCUUGGUAUGCCCUAAGAAACGUUGUGUAUGCUGCUGGGUGUCGACAAAUCAUGGCCAGAGAGCAAUCUGGGCGUUUACUUCUGGGGCAGGGCUACGAAUGGCAAUACUUUCAAAAUGCACUCUCCGUGCACACCGAUUUACUAUACACCAGGAGCAGUUUCAUGGCAAUCCAGGCGCUCGCAAUAAUGGCCUUCUUCGUGGAGAGCAUAGGGGCGCCGGCGCUCGAUUAUAUGCUUUCUUUGAACGCCAUGAAACUCGCCGAAUCCAAAGGUCUGCAUCGCCAACCUACGGCCACGUGGAACUUGGGUGAGUCCGCGUUGCAAACACGAAGUUUCAUCUGGUGGUCAGUCUACGGUCUAGAACGCUUCAACGCAUUUCGAUGGGGAAGGCCUUUGAUCUUGGCGGAUAUAACGGAGCAGUUCACCGCCUUGAAAGCCUCGACGCCGACGUUGAGUGACGUGAUUCGCACGGUCGACCACCUCGAGCAAACGCUUCGGGGUUGGCACGAUUCUUUGCCACUCAACUUGCGAACCGGAACAAAUUACUCGGAUACGCCGGAGAAUAUGGACCUCGUCCACGUCUUAUACCACCACUACGUCUUCUGGGGGACUCUCAUCACCAUCCACUCGAUCCUUGUGCACCCUUGGAACGUCCCCAAAAUCCAGACCAAACCAAUCGAGCUGCUGGACUUUCGCAGACACUCGCAGAACAGCACGAGGAAGGUCGUGGAUGCAUCCAGGGCGAUGAUUCGAACACUAAGCCAUGUCAGCAUUGACAUUUGCUCUCCCAAAUGGCUUGUCUUCACAUAUCCUCUAACGGCGUUCAUGAAUCUGUUUAUCUAUAUUCUCCGGUACCCUAAGCUGCCUACCGUCGAAUCAGAUCUGGACGCCAUGUAUCGGGUGUGCGGUCACUUCAACUACAUGGAAUACACCUUGCCCGAGAUGGCGUUUGCAUUUCCUCGCGAAGCAACCAAUCUCGCGCGCUUUGCAGUCACCAAAGCCAACGCAAACGCAAACAGAAACUCUGGAAGCGGCAAGCCUUCUCAGGCAGAGUGGCAGACCACGUUGGCGAUGUCGACACACGAGCUGGAGCUGCCAGACUUCGAAGUCCCGCCUUUGUACAACAAAUCGGCGACAGACGCACUGGAGCUCGGCGUUGAAAACUGGGACAAUUUCCUGUCGUGGCCGGAGUGA